AUGGUUUCUUCCUUUUUUCAUACACUCAUAUUCUUUUCUGCCACCCAUAUCCUACUUCAAUUGCCACAAGCCAAUGGAAAAAACUUCUCAUGUACUUUGAAUUCCUCUCCUUCAUGUGACACAUAUGUUGCAUACUUUGCUAACUCUCCAAACUUUUUAACCCUCACAGCCAUAUCUGAUAUAUUUGACACCAGUCCUCAAUCCAUUGCAAGAGCAAGCAACAUAAAAGAUGAAAAUAUGAACCUCAUUCAUGGCCAACUUUUGCUUAUACCUAUAACUUGUGGUUGCAAUGGAAAUGGAAACUACUCUUUUGCCAAUAUCUCACACUUAAUCAAAGAAAGUGAAAGUUACUAUUAUCUUUCGACCAUUUCGUAUCAGAAUCUCACUAAUUGGCAGACAGUGGAAGAUUCAAACCCUAAUCUGAAUCCAUAUUUGUUGAAAAUAGGCACCAAAAUAAACAUCCCUUUGUUUUGUAGGUGCCCUUCAAACUAUUUUGCAAAAGGGAUAGAGUAUCUCAUUACUUAUGUUUGGCAGCCUAAUGAUAAUCUUACACUUGUAGCUUCCAAGCUUGGUGCAUCACCAAAGGACAUAAUCACAGCAAAUACAAACAACUUUGGUCAAAACUUCACUGUUGCAAUCAACCUUCCAGUUUUUAUUCCUGUGAAAAACUUACCAGCUCUUUCUCAAUCAUACUAUUCUUCAAGUGAAAGAAAGAGAAUCAAUCAUUUUUCUAUUAUAAUUUCCAUUGGUAUAUGUCUAGGAUGCACUAUUCUGAUUUCACUAUUAUUAUUACUUUUUUAUGUUUAUUGUUUAAGGAAGAGAAAGGCUUGUGAGAAUAAGUGUGUGCCUUCUGUGGAGAUAACAGAUAAGUUAAUUUCCGAAGUUUCAAAUUAUGUAAGUAAGCCAACAGUGUAUGAAGUUGGUAUGAUUAUGAAAGCUACCAUGAACCUUAAUGAAAUGUGUAAGAUAGGGAAAUCAGUGUACAAAGCUAAAAUAGAUGGUUUGGUUUUGGCUGUGAAAAAUGUAAAGGGACAUAUCACAGUCACAGAAGAGUUGAUGAUUUUACAAAAGGUAAAUCAUGCAAAUCUAGUGAAACUAGUAGGUGUCUCUUCAGGAUAUGAUGGAAAUCACUUUCUUGUAUAUGAAUAUGCUGAAAAUGGAUCUCUUUAUAACUGGUUAUUAUCUGAGUUUUGCACUCUUAGUUGGAGUCAGAGGUUAAGCAUAGCAGUUGAUAUUGCAAUAGGGCUGCAAUACUUGCAUGAACACACACAACCAUGUAUAGUCCAUAGGAACAUCAAAUCAAGUAACAUUCUUCUUGACUCAAAAUUUAAGGCCAAGAUAGCAAAUUUUUCUGUUGCAAGAACUACAAAGAAUCCUAUGAUAACAAAAGUUGAUGUUUUAGGUUAUGGAAUGGUUCUGAUGGAGCUAAUAACAGGAAAGAAGUUUUUGUCGUAUAGCGAACAUAGCGAGGUGAAUAUGUUGUGGAAAGAUUUUAAGUGUGUGUUUGAUACAGAACAAAAGAGAGAAGAAAUUGUUAGAAGAUGGAUGGAUCCUAAGUUAGGGAGGUUUUAUAAUGUUGUUGAAGCUCUUAGUUUAUUCACUUUGGCAGUGAAUUGCAUAGAAGAACAACCUUUGUUAAGACCAACUAUGGGAGAAGUUGUUCUUAGUCUUUCUCUUCUCACUCAACCCUCUCCUACUUUGUUAGAGGUGUCUUGGACUUAUGGAUUAGAUGUAGAGGUUGCUGAAAUGGUUACUCCCAUCAUAGCUCGUUGA